AAUGGGCUGCCCAUUCAACCUUUGCCACCCGCGAUUUGCAGCACAUUUUGCUCUCGGUGGUGUGAUGCUGUUAACACGUUAGCAAAUUUAUUGCAUCCUUGCAACAAGAUCGGUUCGAUAUCGAUAAGCGAUCGUCGUUGGAAUGGUACAGUUUUGCCAUGUUUAUAUAAAGCGCCUACCGGAGACAGUGAAACAGCAGUAGAUCAGGAACUAUCAUUCCGGUGUUGCCGAUCAGAUCGGUUGGAUCGUUACAAAAAAAAAAUGUCUACGCUUCGUGUAGCUUUGGUGCAGUUGUACGGCCGUCCAACGAAGAAGGAGUGCAUUGCGAAUGCCAUCGCGCAGAUCCGGCUAGCAAAGGAUCGAGGUGCCCAGUUGAUCAUCCUGCCGGAGUGCUUUAACUCACCGUACAGUACGGCCGAAUUUGGACGGCAUGCCGAGGAGAUUCCACGGGGUGAAACGAGUCAGGCGUUGGCCAGGGUAGCUGCCGAGCUCGGUGUAUAUCUCGUCGGUGGUACAUAUCCGGAGCGUGACGGUACCAAGCUGUACAACACUUGCCCUGUGUUUGGUCCAAAGGGAGAACUGUUGUGCAAGUACCGGAAGAUGCAUCUCUUCGACAUGAACAUCCCUGGCCGGUGCACGUUCCAGGAAUCGUCUGCCUUAGCCCCAGGUGAUCGUUUCGCAACAUUUACCAUCGGGACACUGAAGAUCGGUUUGGGCAUUUGUUGGGACAAACGAUUCCCCGAGUUGACGGCGUGCUAUCGUGAGCUUGGCUGCGACAUGAUGAUCUUCCCGUCUGCGUUCGAUCCGUACACUGGACCACUGCACUGGGAUUUGCUGGGGCGCGCCAGAGCCCUGGACAAUCAGAUGUUUGUGGCGCUUGUGUCACCGGCACGGGAUCCAACGACCGACUAUGUUGCGUACGGUUAUUCGCUGCUCUGUGAUCCUUGGGGCCGAGUGUUGUGCCGGGCAAAGGAAGAUCAGGAGCUGCUAGUUACGGACAUCAACCUUAAGUUGUGCGAUGAGAUUAAGCAGCAAAUACCGAUUCUACGCCAGAAGCGUACCGAUGUUUACGAAUUAAAGGCUAAGAAAUGAGCAGUUUAUUUAGGCCAGAUGUUUUUUUCACCACUUAGCCUACUUAAUGGGCAAUAACAAGGUACUAAAUAAAUCUUAACAAUCAUACCUUA